ACAUGCAAACGAUCGGAUGUUGUAAAUCUUCCGGAGCAGCACUCCAAAAUGUAUUUUUAAUUAUUGACAUAACUACAAUAGGCUAUUUACUUUUCCACUUUAAUUUUAUCUUUUAAAAACAAAAACAAAGUCUAAUAUACCAAAGUCUAUCUAAAAUCUCGUUUUUUCUUCACUUUUGCUGUUAAACCAAAAAUGAACCCUGCGUGCGCGUGUUUGUUCGAUUUUAUUAGUGGAACAAUCCACACGGGCGGGGGUAAGACAUAGGGGUUUUGGAGAAAUACAAAGUCCUUAUAACUUUUAAUAAAACAUUUAACGCGCUAUAAAUACAUCAACAGUGUGCUAUCCGGAGACAAGAAAAAGACCCACGUCGUUGACGGCUCAGGAGUCAGACAGAUUAAUAUUUCAUGGUGCACCCUCGGCGCUCUCUGUGUGAUGCCCGAUGAACGCCGCCCGCGUUGCGCCAUUUUGAAAUGCUGGGAGAGGCAGAGGCGAGGGAAAUCUCAAAGUGGAGUGCAAAGUCUAACAUUCAGUGUUCAGCAUUAUAGUUCACGUUAUUUGCUUUAAAAGCAGUUUCGUGCUGUCUACAGCAACUGGGACGACGACUUGUGCGGUCCUUGCUGAGUUAAUACGAGCAGCAGUACUGGUCUACUGCUCCUCGGCCAGAACCGACCCGGGUCAGCACUGCUCCAGUCCAGGGCCCGAGCCCGCUACACAGAUACCCUCUCUGUCUGAGUCGCUCACCAUGGCAGGAGCCGGUGGUGGGACCAGUGAUGUGCAGUGGUGCUUUUCCCAAGUCAAAGGAGCGAUUGACGAUGAUGUCGCGGAAGCUGACAUCAUAUCUACUGUUGAAUUCAACCACUCUGGGGAGCUACUAGCCACCGGGGAUAAGGGGGGCCGUGUUGUCAUCUUUCAGCAGGAGCCAGAGAGUAAGAAUCAGCCACAGUGCAGAGGAGAGUACAAUGUUUACAGCACCUUCCAGAGCCAUGAACCUGAAUUUGACUACCUAAAAAGCCUUGAGAUCGAGGAGAAGAUCAACAAGAUUCGUUGGUUGCCUCAGAACGCAGCACAGUUUCUUUUGUCUACAAAUGACAAAACCAUAAAGCUGUGGAAAAUUAGUGAGCGUGACAAGAGACCAGAGGGCUACAAUUUAAAGGAAGAAGAUGGGCGAUACAGAGAUCUCAAUACUGUCACAACACUACGGGUACCAAUAUUCAGGCCCAUGGACUUGAUGGUGGAAGCUAGCCCGAGACGGGUGUUUGCGAAUGCUCACACCUACCAUAUCAACUCCAUCUCAGUCAACAGUGAUUGUGAGACGUACCUGUCUGCGGAUGACCUGCGCAUCAACCUAUGGAAUCUGGAGAUCACCGAUCGCAGCUUUAAUAUUGUUGACAUUAAGCCAGCCAAUAUGGAGGAGUUGACAGAGGUGAUCACAGCAGCGGAGUUCCACCCCAACCAAUGUAACACUUUUGUCUACAGCAGCAGCAAGGGCACCAUCCGCUUGUGUGACAUGAGGGCAUCAGCACUGUGUGACAAGCACGCCAAACAGUUUGAAGAGCCAGAGGAUCCAAACAAUCGUUCGUUCUUUUCUGAAAUCAUCUCAUCCAUCUCUGAUGUGAAGUUCAGCCACAGUGGACGCUACAUGAUGACCCGAGACUACCUGUCUGUCAAAAUCUGGGAUCUCAAUAUGGAGUCCCGGCCAGUAGAGACAUAUCAGGUGCAUGAAUAUCUCAGGAGUAAAUUGUGUUCCCUCUAUGAGAAUGACUGCAUCUUCGACAAGUUUGAGUGCUGUUGGAAUGGGAACGACAGUGUUGUGAUGACCGGUUCCUACAACAACUUCUUCAGGAUGUUUGAUAGAGUCUAUCGGCAGGACGUAACCCUAGAGGCGUCGCGGGAGAACAGCAAGCCAAGAUCUGUCCUGAAACCUCGCAAAGUAAGCACAGGUGGGAAGCGCAAAAAGGAUGAGAUCAGUGUAGACAGUCUGGACUUUAACAAGAAGAUCCUCCACACUGCCUGGCAUCCUCUGGACAACAUCAUUGCUGUGGCCACCACCAACAAUCUGUACAUAUUCCAGGAAAAACUGAACUAGCUUUUGUUGAACCGCUCAGAUCUGUUUCGGCUUGAUCCCCACUGAUCUGAUACACGUACACCAACAAUAUCUGUUUGUCUUUGCCUAAAUCCCAACAUCUUGAUAUGAUCUGCCCUUGGUGAAUUUAGUAUUGAAUGUGACUUACACUGUCAACAACAAACAGUAUCAUAAACACAGUACAUCCAAGCAGGGCAACACAGGGACAUGUUCUAUGUGUAUGACAAAUAUAAACAUGCAGGGUUUGUAGAGUCCAGAAUUUGGGAUUUAGUGUCAUGGGUUUUCUCCAGCAGGAGCACUCGGUUCACUAAGCUACCAUUUGCAACUCCAAUACAUCCCAAACCAAAGGGAAAUGUGUUUAACACACAUGCUAGAUUGUUUCAUUAUUCUGUUGUGCCAUCUUGACAUGAUUCAUGUAUAUGACAUGGCUACCAGUUGUCAAGAUUCUGUGGCUACCAUGUUUUAUUAGUUUGAAUAGGAAAUUCUUUCAACUGUUUAUAUGUCUUUCUGUCACCAAGUUCCUUUUCGUGCUGGCCUGAAACAUCGCUAAUACAAACUGUCAACACUCCAUGUUUGCCCCAAGUAUUUGUCAAGUUGCCAAGCUCACUCACCACUUCUUUUCUAAUGUACAGUAUGGUUAUGCUGUUAAAGGACUAUUCUCAUAUUUUAUCAGGUUUUAACUCAUUCUCUGCAAAAAGAUUAACUUGUAUUACUUCUAACCUUUGUCCACAGCUUACCAAUGUUUAUUAGAUGGUUGAUAUUAAUUUCUCUACAGUAAGAAAGUCAACUAACUGACACGCAUUUCAUCACAGUGAACCUUUGAUUCAUUCAAAGUAGUUGUUCAGUGUUAACGCAGUUGCAUGCAGGAAAAGUCAAGCAUACCUCAACAUCUGACACUAAAAGUCAAGUUACCUAAAAUGAGCAAGAAACAAUGGUAUUAUCCUUUAAAAAAACAUCCAUGUUUCUAAAUGUUCGUCUUCUGGAAUAGAGUUUGUGAUUAAUUGUGCAUUGAAAUGACUACAAUGGUCAGCAGAAUUGUCUUCAUAACUUCUAGUUAAUGGCCCAAAAAAAAAUGUGUAUGGGAGAAAGAAUCAAAACACCAAUGUAGUCCUUUUUAACAUGGUCAGUAGAGCGGCGUCGGGUAUUGUGGAGUUAAAUGAGAGCGAAUCAAGUAACCAGUUCUAAAGACUCAAAGUGUUAUUCAUUUAAAGCAGACAAGGAUACAAAAGCUUGUAGUCGGACGGGCAAAAUGGCGUGACGUUGCCUAAUUCUCUCGUGGUCGGUGGCACCAAAAUAGAGUACUGCUGCCAACUUCCCCACAAAGCCGGUCGUGUUGUUGCAGAUUGAUCGAUUACUUUAAUCUCUGGAUCGAGUUUCUGUUUUGUAAUGUACCUGAUGAUACAAAAAAGCAUAAUCACUAUAGCUGGUUUAUUUUUGUAUAAAUGAAGGCAAUAGGAUUACAGUCUGAUCACUGUAUUUUCUUUAGCUGUCUAUCUCGGACUGAUUUGUAGAUGGAAGGUCACCUGAUGCGGUGACCUCUGUGUCAUGACUGGGACAUUUUGUUCAUUCAAGCGGGUAUUUCUUUAAAAGCUAGAGACUUUUGUGACCUCAAGGAGUGGGACGUUUCUCACGUGGGAUGUCCAAAGAAAAGUACUUUCAGGUGUCAGUACCUCUGUAGUCAUAAGCACUACAACAGAUUUUUUUUUUUAUUUGGCUGACUGUAAAUGAUGUUUAUGCAGAACUUAUUUGGAUGCUUCGGAGUUAGAUUCUGAGUUCAUUUUGAUCUAACGCCAUGGUUUUUCUUCAUUCAUGUUUUUGCUCGCUGUGAAACAUACCUUCAUGGGUCUCAAUGGGAAAGACAUUUGAAAUCAACAUAUGUCACAACUGUUAUAGCUAGUUUUCCCUAAAGCUAGUCAAUUCAGUUGACAAUGCAGAGUUACUGAUUUUGAAUUAUUGUAUGAAAUGUUGUUUUUCCUGUGAUGCAGGGGGAUACAGACUUGUUUAUUUAACAAGGAGAAUUUGUGAAGCACUUGGUUUGCAGAUUGUUUAAUGUAAGUGGUUAAUGACUGUAUUGAACAUGGGGGAAAAUACUUUAAAUAAUGAAUUCUGAUGUUUCUCUGCUGCAUUUGGCUUCAUUCACACGCUACCGAUUUUCCCUUCUGGAGCCAACAGGUUGAUUAUAGCACAGCUUUCCACUCUUUUAAAAUGAUGUUUUGAUGACAGAUUAAGCCAUUGGAUCAGGGCACGAAGCGCAUUUGUCCACUGGACCGUUAUGUAAGUUAAUGUGUCACUCUUACCGUUAAAUAACUUAUUUCCUAUCACUAGGAUGACACCAUAAUGACCUCCCAUCUUAAUGCAGUGGUGUUAUGGUUGAUUGCCACACUCUCAGGGCUCUGGGUAAUGUCCAAAUCUUUUAUUUCAGCCUUUUUCGAAACUCCUUUUCUUUAGUGUCUGGUGCAAGUUUGUGUGAGGGUCAGUCAAGUACUAUUCCUCAUGUCAUAUGUAUGAACCUGUAUAAUCUGGCACAGUUUCCCCAUUUCACGGUCAACAAGGAACUGUCCAUUCAAACUAUGAGAUCAGAGAUCUCAUAUUGUUCUGUCAUUCAUUAAAAGGAAGCAUUUACUCACGCUUAAAUAACUAUUGUUCUUACCACCUGUUGAAAAAUGUUUGAAAAUACAAAAAUCUGCAUAUGAAUGAUACAAGACCAGAAGCGGCAUGUUUUGUUUACGAAAAAGAUUUUUAUCAUGUAAAAUUGGCUUCUUUUUUUUUUUUUU